UAAAAAGUAUCAGAGAGUGAGUGAAACAGAGAGAAAGAAAAGAAGCGUUUCGUCCUUUUUGUUUUCUUCUUCUGCUUCCAUUAAUCAUACUCAGAAAGCUUUUUUUAUUAUAAGAACUCAGAAAGCGUUUCGUCCCUUUUAAUAUAAAAACUGAGAAAGCUUUGUUCAUCUCUUUAUUUCAGUUUCUCUGGAGACUUGUUUUCACCUAAUUAGAACAAAAUUCGAGCUUUCUCAUUUUCUGUAGGCCUCUGAGAUUGAAAAUUUCGAUAUUUCGAUAAACCCAUAAUCAGUUUCGUUCUUUGGUGUUUUUUGAUAUUCUUAAAAAGAAAAGAAUCUUGGAAUUGGGAUAUACUGAAGGUAUUAAAAGGAAAGACAGUAAUUUUGAGAAAUAUAAAGCUACCAUAUUUGUAUCAAUGAGAGAAGACCAGAACCAUAAAUAUUAAAUUUCCAAACUUUUGUGUGGACUGGAUUAGGGAUGAAGAUCUGACAUCAGAAAUAGAUUGAGACAAGAAGAAGAAAGAAGAAGAGCCAUAAUGUGGUGGUGGUGUUCUUCGGGAAAAGGUCGUUCUAAUCUGGAGAGGUUUCUCUUAGGAUUCACUCCUAAACCUCCUUCUUUCUCUCUUCCUCUGCAACAGGGGAAAGAAGAGGAGACCGAGUAUUUCACGCUUGGUGAUCUUUGGGACUGUUAUGAUGAGCUAAGUGCUUAUGGCUUUGGAUCACAGGUUGAUUUAAACAAUGGUGAAACGGUUAUGCAGUAUUAUGUCCCAUAUCUAUCAGCCAUCCAAAUCCAAACUACCAAACCAGCUAUGAUGUCCAGGAACCAGAAUGAGGUGGUUGAAUCUGAGAGUAGUGAGUGUUGGAGCGAUAGUGAGAGCGAGAAGGUGAUGUCAAGGUCAAUGAGCAAUGAUUCGAGCAGAACAUGGGAUGAUGUCUCUGAUGAUUCUGUUUAUGAUCCGGAUGGCACACCGCUACUGCGAGAUAGACUUGGUUACAUUGAGUUUAAGUACAUUGAAAGAGAUCCUCCUUACAAGCGGGUUCCCUUAACCGACAAGAUAAACGAAUUGGCUGAGAAGUAUCCUGGAUUGAUGACCUUAAGGAGUGUAGAUAUAUCUCCUGCAAGUUGGAUGGCUGUUGCGUGGUAUCCGAUAUAUCACAUCCCAACCUGCAAGAACGAGAAAGAUUUAAAGACAGGCUUCUUAACUUACCAUACUUUAUCUUCUUCUUUUCAAGAUAAUGUGGUGGUGGGAGAUCAAGAAGAGAUAGAGUGUUGUGAAGAAUCUCUCAUGAACAAGAGAAUCCCACUGCCUCCAUUUGGUUUAGCUACUUACAAAAUGCAAGGAGACCUCUGGGGAAAGACAGGGUUUGAUCAGGACCGGUUGGUUUAUCUUCAAAGUGCUGCGGAUUCAUGGUUGAAACAGCUGAAUGUUGAUCACCAUGACUUUAACUUCUUCAUGAACUCCAGCUUUUAAGAACCUUGAACUGUUCUUUGCUGUUUUAAGCUCCCUCUUUUGUUGUUGUUGUCUGGCUUGUUGUGUUGUUUUAAGUAGCAACCGCCAUUGCUGAGUUGUUACUUCUGUUGCAAGUCAUGGGAGUUACUUUGAAGAAAACAAUUUGUUUCCUUUCUUUUUAGGUGUUGAGGCGAUAAGAAAACAAAAAUAAUGAUUUCGUACUUGAGUAAGACAAUGUAAAUGAAGUUCUUUACUCUUCUCUUUAUUUUA